AUGCUUCAAGCACACCAUGUGUUCCGACGCACUCGGUCAUUUCCUACCGCGGUGCAUACAAGACAGGCGGUCGCAUCGAACUCCAGAAGAUUAUGGACCCAAGAGGACAGUUCUAGAGCCUCUCUUGUCCUCUUCGACAUCGCCAACGACCGGGCUCCUUGCUCACUGCAAAGCGCCCACUCUGCUUCCUCGCCUCACAGCCAGAAGUCUUUUUCUCCAAACACGAUCCGCGCAAGGUUGGCAUUACAUUACAAGGGAGUGCCGUAUACGCAGUCGUGGAUCUCAUAUCCCGACAUUGAACGUCUGUGGGCAGAACUGGGAAUCCCGCCAAACGAAGGCCAACCCAAGGGCGUACCACGCUGCACGUUACCCGUCCUUCUCGUCCGCACUGAAGCUUUCUCGCAAGCAUCUCUCCGGCGACUCGAUGAUACAAAUGUCCUGGGAUGGCCGAAGAAGUCUCUUGACACGAAGUACGGCACGUUCACGCCACUUGUUUCGACAUUGGAAAUCGCCCAUGCUUUGGACUCGCUCUUUCAUGACCGCGAUCUGCACCCACCUUUAUUUCCCUCCGGUCAGUCCUACGAGCAAGGUCAACAGAUGCAGAGCGUGAUAACGCGCCUACUUCCCGCGACUCGGCGACUCAUUCUCCCCUCUGUACCGGACAUCCUCGACGCCCGAGGCAAAGACUACUUUAUCCGCACGCGCAUACAAUGGUUCAACGUGUCGUCCCUUGACGAACUACGGCCGCAAUCGCAGGACGAGACAGAUAAGCUCUGGGCAGAGAUCGAGAAUAUUCUCCAACCCGUCAUCCGUACUUUACAGGAGUCUCCAUCGCAGGAGGGACCAUUGCUAAACGAUCCUUUGACAUGGGAGGACCACCGAGAUGAUCGAAGCCUUGGCAAUAGCAGGUAUGAGGCCGUGCGGAGGGACGCCUCUGCUUCUGCGUCUGCCCACGCUACUGCUCAUGAGCCUGGAAGAGACAGUCGUCACGUCCGCUACCUGUCCGGCGCCUCCACGCCCACGUAUGCAGAUUUUAUCCUCAUGGCCUUUCUCGCCUGGAUCGCCCGCGUCGAUAUGCACGCCUGGGCUAGGUUGACGCAAGACGUAGGAGGCGGAGUCCUAGAGGAUCUGUGGAUGGGAUGCUUACCAUACAUGAGAAGCCAUACCUAUGUGAGGACUUUAUCAUGGUUCAAAGGCGGUACACCUGUUGCCCCGGGGAUGUAG